GACCGCGGCGGCGGGCUCGUCACGUGACGGGGUUCAGGCGCCCCCGCACGUGACGGCGGCGGGAUGGCGCGGGGGUGCGGGGGGAUCCUGGCCGUGCUGCUGCUGUGCGCGGCUGCCCGGAGCUGCGCCGCGGGCCUGGCCCUGGAGGGGGAUCAGCCGUUCCGGGUCCCCCCCGGCUGGGCCGCCACCGGCCGCGUCGACCCAGGCCACGACGUGCAGCUGACCCUUGCCCUGCGGCAGCCAGGCAGGGAGCGCCUCGCCCGGCUGGUCGACGCCGUCUCGGAUCCCCGCUCGCCGCGCUACGGCAGGUACCUGUCCCUGGAGCAGCUGCGGGACCUCAUCCGGCCGUCCCCAGCCACGCUCACGGCUGUGCUGAAGUGGCUGCAGGGCCACGGCGUGGGGAGCUGCAGGAGCGUCAGCACCCUUGAUUUCCUGGAGUGCCACAUGCCCGCGAGCACGGCCGAGCGUCUCCUGCCAGGGGCCGAGUUCCACCGCUACGUGAAAGGCCGGCGCAGCGUCGUGCGCUCCCCACUCCCCUACACCAUCCCCGAGGAGCUGGCUGAGCACCUUGACUUUGUGGGGGGUCUGCACCGGUUCCCUGCCGAGAGGAAGGUGGUCAGCAGAGCCUGGGCCAAGAAGGAAACGGAGCCAGGGCAGCACCACGGAGGGAGGAUGGGUUUCCAUCUGGGCGUGACACCCUCCGUCAUUCGCAAAAGAUACAACAUGACAGGAGGAGACGUUGGGUUACUGCCAAACAACAGCCAGGCCUGUGCCCAGUUCCUGGAGCAGUAUUUCCACCAGGCGGAUGUGGCCGAGUUUAUGCAGCUCUUUGGCAGCAGCUUUGGCCACCGCUCUCGGGUUGACCAGGUGGUUGGGCACCAGGGCUGGGGCAAGGCUGGGCUGGAGGCCAGUCUGGAUGUGGAAUACAUCAUGAGCACAGGAGCCAACAUCUCCACGUGGGUCUUCAGCAACGCAGGGAGGCAUGAGAGCCAGGAGCCUUUUCUGGCCUGGCUGCUGCUGCUCAGCAACAUGUCGUCGCUGCCCUGGGUGCACUCGGUGAGCUACGGGGAUGAUGAGGACAGCCUGUCGCUGGCCUACCUGCAGCGGGUGAACGUGGAGUUCAUGAAGGCGGCUGCCCGGGGCCUGACUAUACUCUUUGCCUCAGGUGAUGAGGGUGCUGGCUGCAGAAGGGUGCCCGGUGGGAACCACACUUUCCGGCCCAGCUUUCCAGCCUCAAGCCCCUACGUGACCGCUGUAGGGGGCACGUCCUUCAAGAACCCCUUCCUGAUUACUGCGGAGGUGACGGACUACAUCAGUGGCGGGGGCUUCAGCAACGUUUUCCCCAUGCCCGAUUACCAGGCUGCCGCGGUGAGGCAUUUCCUGAGCCGGGCCUCGAAGCUGCCUCCCAGUUCCUACUACAACAGCAGCGGCCGUGCCUACCCCGACCUGUCCGCUCUUUCCGACAACUACUGGGUGGUGACCAACCGCAUCCCCCUGCCCUGGGUUUCGGGGACGUCGGCCUCCACACCGGUGGUCGGCGGCAUGGUGGCUCUCAUCAACGAGCGGCGCCUGCAGCAAGGGCUCUCGCCGCUGGGCUUCCUCAACCCCGUGCUCUACCAGCUGCAGGAGCAGGGACACAGCGCUGCCUUCUAUGAUGUGACGCAGGGCUGCCACCUCUCCUGCCUGGACGGCACCGUGCAGGGACAGGGCUUCUGCGCCGGCCCCGCCUGGGACCCCGUCACCGGCUGGGGCACCCCCAACUUCCCGCGGCUCCUGCGCGCCCUCCUGGCGCCCUGACGGGAGGCGCCGCGCACCGGGCCCUGCCGCUUCCGGGACCGGGCCCGAGCCGGGGCCCCGGGCGGCACCGCCCGCGCCUGUUCGUCGCGGGGCGCCGCGGCGGCGGCGGCGGCGGCAAUAAAGGCCCGGCGCGGCCCGA